UCUGAGUUCAGUCAUCGUCGCUGCGAUGCCGGCGCCGCACGUGCCGCCGCCCGCUCCACUCCGCCGGAGAUCGCGAAACCCUCUCGAAUAAAUCACGCGGACCCAAACCCUCGUAGAUAAUAAGAUACGAGAUACCAUCGCCGACAAUAAGCUGAUUAAUCGGUCGAAGUCGUUAAACUCGACCGGAAGCACGCUCCGACCGGGACUAGUUUUAGGAGCGAUGUAAACAUUGUUUGUGAUUACCGGAAUUGUUUGUUGACUGAAUCACCCGAUUGUUGCGCUGCAUGUCCAGUCGCAGUGCAGUCGGCUGCGGUCAGUGGCAGUGACAGUGCUCGGGCGGCUGGGAGUUGGGAGUUGGGACAGAAUGGCUCCCGGGACCGGCCAAAGGAUUUUUGGCCUCCUUUGCGCCGUGCUGGCAUCCGUGCUGGCGGACACCUGGACGGCCUUCCAGGAGCAACCGUGUUGCCGGCCGGUCACGUAUCACAAGAUCCGGCACCAUCGAGAUGUUUCGACAAGAGAUCAUAUUCGGGAAUUUACGUGCGGCACUUUAUUUUACCGCACUUUGUAUGUAAAUGAAGAAAGAAAUACCCUCUACGUCGGUGCUAUGGACCGAAUAUUUAAGGUGAACAUGACCGACGUUAGCCAGACGCACUGUGAGCGAGACGGGCUGUACCUGGAGGCGAGCAAUGUAGCGCAGUGCGUGAGCAAGGGCAAGUCGGAGCCGUACGAGUGCCGGAACCACAUUCGAGUGCUGCAGCCCAUGGGGGACGGGGACCGCCUCUACGUGUGCGGGACCAACGCCCACAGCCCUAAAGAUUGGGUGGUCUACCUGAACCUCACUCACCUCCCGCGGCACGAGUACGUGCCGGGCGUGGGGCUCGGGGUCGCGAAGUGCCCCUACGACCCCGCGGACAACAGCACGGCCGUGUGGGUCACGCGGGGCAACCCCGGCGGCCUGCCCGCGCUCUACGCGGGGACCAACGCCGAGUUCACCAAGGCCGACCCCGUCAUAUUCCGCAACGACCUCUUCGACUUCCGCACGGGACAAAAGAGGUUCAACUUCAAACGCACGCUCAAGUACGACUCCAAGUGGUUGGACAAAACACAUUUCGUCGGCUCGUUCGACGUGGGAGAGUACGUGCUAUUUUUUUUUCGGGAGACGGCGGUAGAGUUCAUGAACUGCGGCAAAGCGGUCUACUCCCGAGUCGCCCGCGUGUGCAAGAACGACACGGGCGGCAAGAACAUACUCGGCCAAAACUGGGCGACUUACCUUAAGGCGAGACUCAACUGCAGCAUACCCGGGGAAUUCCCCUUCUACUUUGACGAAAUACAGAGCGUAUACCAGAUGCCGGGGGAGCCGAGUAAAUUUUACGCCGCAUUUACCACGGGGGCCAGCGACGGGCUAAUCGGUUCGGCGAUUUGCACGUACACUAUGGAUGAUAUACAGGAAGCCUUCGCUGGCCGGUUUAAAGAGCAGGCAACAUCAAGCUCGGCUUGGCUGCCAGUUCUGCGCGCGAGGGUGCCAGAACCGCGGCCUGGCACGUGUGUCAACAACACAGAGGCACUGCCAGAUAACGUCCUCAACUUUAUCAGGUCACAUCCUCUCAUGGACUCCGCCGUGCGUCAUGAGGGAGAUGCACCGGCGUUCUACAAGCGCGACCUGGUGCUGACCACGCUGGUGGUAGACCGGCAGUUCGUGGACAGGCUGGGGAACGACAUCAUAUACACCGUGUUCUACGCUGGCACAAGUGAGGGCGACGUAUACAAGAUAGUCCAAUGGGCGGGCGGUCGGUCGCGCGUGGCAGACGUGUGGCGGGCGGCGGGCGGCGAGGCGGUGCGCGCGCUUGCUCUGUCACGCCGCUCCCUCUACGUCUCCACCGACUACCGCGUGCGCCAGUUGCCGCUGCAUGCGUGCGCGCAUAGGUACGACAGUUGCGUGCGCUGUGUGCUGGACCCGUACUGCGGGUGGGACAAGGAGGGGGGGUCCUGCCGAGCCUACAGCCCGGGGCUCCUCCACGAUGCCACCAACUCCACGCCAUCCAUCUGCGAGGCCAGCGCCCCGCUCCGGACCGUCCGCGCCGGCUACGGCCAGAGCGUCCACCUGGCGGCCUUUGGCAGGACGCCAGAGGCCCUUAAAGACCAGAACGUAGUCUGGUACCACCACUCCCGCGAGAAGGGGCGCUACAAGAUUAAUUACGACUGGGACCGUGUCCUGCAGACCUCAGAGCGAGGGUUGGUGCUACUGUCGGUGAGCGAGGCGGACCGCGGCCGGUACGAGUGCUACUUCGGCCCUACACUCGUCGCCUCCUACAACUUGGAUAUAGAUAAUCACAGGUGUACCCAGCCCAGCAAGUCUCAAGACUAUCGGCAAAUAUACUCCGACUGGUGUCACGAGUUCGAGAAAUACAAGAACGCGAUGAAAGCCUGGGAGACGCGGCAAAUGCAAUGCUCGAACAUGAGCUCGAGUCAUCAGAACAGCCUGAGUAACGAGCUCACGGCGACUCUGCGGUGAUAGAUCAGAGUCCUGAUACUCCACAUCAUCUACGGCUACUGACUGACCCGGCGAUGUCUAUUCGCAAUCUUCUCGAGACUUUGACUCGACUUAUUGGUCAAUAAUUCAAGCAUUUAGUGCUUGUCGCACAUAAAUCGGAAGAUUCAUUUGCAACAAGCGAUACACACAAGUGAAUAUUGUGAAUCAGGCUCCCAAUCUACGUUGAUCUGACUGAAUCUACUCGACGUCGACGACGUUCGCAGCAUCCAUUUGUGAAAGAUAUGCUUUGCGCAAUGUACUGAAACUUAACUAUGGUAAAAGUAUGUUAUUCAUUGCCGUCUAUCAUUUACUGUUGUUUUGUAUCAUGAAAUUGUUUACUUAUAAAUAUUAUGAUCGAUAAGAUAUAGUUCUAAGAAAACUUAUAAAUCUAGCACCGCCUUGAAACGGUAGAGCAGGUAAGUAAUAUUUUCCACUUCAACGGGCUAGCUCGAGUUAAAAGGAAACUAUAAGAAAAUAUAAUUGUAAACUCCCCGGAACUCGUAACAACUUCUAAAGUUACAACUUGUAAGUUCUUAUGUGACGAUGAAAUAAGUUUUUAAACAUUUAUAAAAUACCGGGCACCUACGAGCUACGACUCUCGUAGAGGUUCGUAGCGCCGUAGGCGUUCGCGUAGCGGGACGUAGCGACUAGCGACAUUUCGUAGCGAUUGCCGCACUCAGAGACGAAUAAUUAAAUUAAGAUUUUGACAGAUUAUAAUUUGUAUUCUUAUGUCAAAAUCGUCAUUUUAGGUCUACCAGGAUUUAAUUGCAAAUUUGGAAUGCAUAUUUUCAAAAAAUAUCCUUGAUCAUUGGAUAUUUUUUUAUAUUUGCAUGUUUCACGCACAGAAUCAGUAGCUUUAGGGUAAAAAAGGAUCAAAAUGUUUUAUUCUAACUACCCCGGUAUUGCUACAGACAAUUUCUUUUCUUACUUUUCUGGUGCAUCAUCAGAUUCUGGUAGACCUAUAAUAAAUUGUUUUUUCAAGCAAGUUUUUUACUUCAACAAAAAUCUUUGAACAUGUUUCUAAAGGAUAAUUAAUCAAAGUGUUUGAUAAUAAUAAUAUUUAAAUUAAAUAAUAAUUUUGGUAUACUUGAACAAUUCAAGUUACCACUUACCAGUGACUACAAGAGAAUACAAGUAUUAUUUAUUAUUUAUUAUUAUUACAGUUAAACCUAGCUAACUUGUACGAAAAUUCCAACAAUUAUCGCACAACAUUACUAACGUAGAGAUUUGACGUCAAUAUUAAUGACAGCGGCGUGACUGUUCGCGAGCUUAUGUUUGCGGAGGGGGAAUAUAAUUCGGUAAACGAAUGAUCUGCGAGAAUUGAUUUGUCAGCCAUUACGCAGUCAGACUCCUUUGAUCGAUGUCUGUUUGACCGGCCCGGAUGGACUUCGGCUCCGGAUAAUAGAUUAUGAUGUUAUUUAAUGAAACUCCCGAUACGUCAUAAUGCAGGGAAUCCGUUUCGGAAAAUACAACAAAUAUUUGGGCACAUAAUUUGUUCGAAUCGAGUUCAUUCCAAACAUAGCGCACAAUGUUCUAUAAGCUUUGAUUAUUAUAUUGUACAAGCGACUUUGUCCGCGUCCACGUCAACUU